GCUGCUGGCACUCUCCUCAUUUCUCUGAGAGCUGAGAGCUGCUGCACGAUGGCUAACGUUACGCUUCAGUCAUUUAACGUCUUUCUGACGGAGAAAUUAACCGCAGCAGCAGUAGAUAUCUAUGGAUUCGUCGAGAAGACCAUAAUAGACUACCAGGACGAGGUGUACCGAACCAAACUGGAAAACCAGAGGUUACAGCGGCUGCUGGAUUUGGUCUACAAACCGGAGAUAAGGCUGCACAGGGCAGAUGCCAGAGCAUCAACAGCACCUACACCUACAGAGGAGAUCCUCCCUAAAAAGCAAGAGUGGAGCCCAAGCGUGUGCCAAGAGGAGGCUGGUCCAUCCCAGGUGAAGGAUGAGCCUGAACAGCAAAAGGAGGAGCUGUGGAUAAACGGUAGCGAGGAGCAACCUUCAGCAGAGGACAGCGAUGAUGGUGACUCUUUGACCAAAGAGCUCAUCAAAACUGUGCAGCAGUUAGAAGAUUGUAGGGCUGCAGAGGAGAGCCGAGAGCGAGAACAGGAGACCCCAGAGCCUGAGGAGGAACCGGAGCACUCAGAGGAGAAAACGAGCACCACCUUUUACCGAUGCCACAUAUGCAACUACAUAUUCACCAAAAAAACUGUGCUUACAUGGCAUCUCAAGACGCAUGAAAGUAAGUCUCAAGACAGCAAGACCAACUUUGACUGCCACAUCUGUGGCAAACACAUCCCCUGUCAGAGCAAUCUGCAGAACCACAUGAGAGUCCACACAGGGGAGAGACCGUACAGCUGUCAUUUCUGUGGCAAGUGUUUCAAACUGAAAGGACACAUGACAGAGCACAUCAGAACCCACACAGGAGAGAAGCCGUUCAGCUGUCACAUCUGUGACAAAUCUUUCAACAGGGGCUCAACGCUGAGGAAACACGUUUUAGCCAAACACAAAGAGGAGAGGCCGUACAAAUGUGGGGAUUGUGACGAGUUAUUCACUGAAAGGCUGCUGAUGAAGAGACACAUGAGAAAAGUUCACGGGGUCAAACUGUCCACGAGUCAAAGUCCUGCCUGAAAACUUUAUAACAUGAUGCAUGAAGCUUAGAAAACAGUAGAAAGACUUUUAUGUAUCUUUUAAAAUGUUUCUGAAACUUGUGUAAAUAUAUUUUAUACUCAUACCAGUACUUUUUUUAUUUUUAAAGAGUUACCUUAAAAAUGUGUCCAUAAGGUUUGGCUUCCUUAUCAUGCAGGCAAACUAAAAAUCUCAUACAAUCAGACUUAAACAAGAAACUUAUUCAACGGUCUACAAUUGUGAAAAUUACUUUUUUUAAAGCACAUAGUUGAACUCUGAGAAUAAUUGAGUCUGCUUAGGCUGGCUACACACUAACUAAAUUUUUAAACGUAACCAAUUUUUUAAAACCCUGCUAACUUCAGACAUAAAAACAAUUUCAACCUAUUUUAGAACUGUAAUCCUCAAACACAGACUUUCUGAGACCACACACCUGCCGUUUGCUGUAACAAUUUCACAAGACAUGAGAUUUCACCACAACUAGUGUGAUCAAACAUGACUUUAAAAGAAAAACUAAAUUAAAGGACAGUCAUUGGUCAGCGCUGUUAUGGUGGUCUUGCAUGAGACAUUUUACAAGUACUCAUGUUGUUGCCAUAAUUCCACAAGCUGUUUUUUUUGUAUCCCACUUGGCUUGGGUCAUAGUUUGUUUGUGAGCUGUAAACGUUGUUAUUCUGUCGACUAUAACUAUGACCAAAAAAGUUUGUUAACUAACUUUUGUCAUAAGAAAGAGGGGACUAAGACUGGCUAAAAUAGAUCUUUGAUGGUGAAAAUUUUGACGAAAGCGGUUUAGUUUUCAUCAAGGAGACUAAAACAAGACUAAAAUAUAAUUUAGUUUUCACUGGACAUUCAAAAUUCAUGAUUUUUCUCCACUAAAAGUCUGUCAAAAUAAAAUGCAUGUGUAGUUCUUCUGCCCAUAGAUAUUAAUAAAUAGAUGCUGUCUGUCCACAAGUAAAAUGCUCAUACUCACUGAAAAACUGAUUUUGAAGCUGUUUGUUUGUCACAAACAUCCAAUAUGCAUUCAUGAUCCAGGAUGCCUGAUCCAAUAAAACUCAGGAUUUCAAACCAAAAUUCUACACCUAAUAAAACAAACAGCAAUGUUUGCAUUAUUAUUAUUAUACAAAAGUUACUGUAUAGAAGCAUAUAACAUUUACUUGACAAAAAACCAACACAGUUCAUGUUCCCAGUUAACAGAAUUAUAAUCUCAGAACUAGAAAUAAAGAUUAAAAAUAAAAGAAGGAUUUGUUUGGUCAGAAGCGUAGUCAAGUAUACUGACCUGAUCCUCAAACAAACUUUUUUCUGUAUAUCAAGUAAGGGCUGAAUUUCCUGAUUUAAUGCAGUGUUUAUGAAAUGUCGAAUUACUUAGGACAGCAACACCUUUUGGUCACAUUUAAUGACUCUAUGCUUUCAAGCACCUGUCUAGUGAUAUAAGACCUCUUACUGGUAAAAUAAGACUUUUUAAGACAAUUUAAAGACAUGUGGGAAACCUGACUGCACAUUUCAGGAUUAUUUGGACAAAUAAUCAACUGCAGCAAGCUUUGCAUUCAACCCCCCCCCAAAAAAAAAAAAAAAAUUAGGCCCAUAGCAUGGCCUAACAUUGUCUGGUGUGUAGCCAGCCUUAGUUGCAGAGAGUGACAUGAAAAGAUUAAUAUUAGGUGUGCAUGGAGCUGGAGGGGGUUUAGCAUAGCUUAACAUAGAGACUUAGCAGGAAACAGCUAGCCUGCUAUGUUCAAACCUACACUUAAAAUAAAGUAUUAGUUUGCUAGGAGUUAAUUUCUAUGAUUAAUUCACAAUGAACUGAGAGUUUAACAGGAAGUUACAGUAAAUCCUGCAAAACUUCAUUGUUUAGCAUUAAUGUCAUCUCAGCUAACAGACACAUUUUUUUUUAAUUGAAAGGACGGUAUUUCUCAUGAGUGGGUGUGGCUUCAGCUCAUCCAAGACACGCCCACAAAAUAGAACAGAUUUUACUGGCUCAUUUUUCAUGAUUUGAAGCUUAAUUUUAAAAACUUAAAGAUUUUUUCCUGACUGAAAUUUGGCCUGGUGGUUCAUAACAGUGGGCUGUCAUACAGCAAAUCUAAAAUAAAGAUUUCACUUUACAGGGACUUUAACCUUUUUCAAAUUAGUCAACUUAGUCAGCUUGGACUCUAACUUUUCAAAGCUUAGCCGACAGUGAUAAUAUUUCUGAAAAAAUAUUUAUACCAUUUAUAUCUCAUCAGGAAAUCACUUUGACUGGCUACCUACUGAAUAGUAGGCUUUAUGGGGGCUCAAAUCUGCAGUAUUGAACUUUGCACAAUGCCAGGCUAACUGUUAACCAUUGCUAGCAGUCUUUUUUGCUAAGCUGGACUAACUGUUUGCUAACUCCAGCUCUACAAACCAAACACGCAGUUGCGGUUUACUUUUUUAUUUCCAUUUAGUCCUGGAAAGCACCUCUCCAAAAUAUCAAACUCUUCAUAUCAUAUGAUUAUGAACCACAAUAAGCUCAUAUCACCUUUUCUGCUGAACAGUGUUCGAUUCUGAGUGCUCAAGACACAUCUUUGUCAGUCUAAUACAUUUCAUGUUAAUCCAUGAUUGUGAAUGUUUUAGGAGAAGCUGCAUGCUGAAGUAUUAUAAGUACUGCCUCUCUAAAAUCAUGGACCACUUUACUGCAUUUUCAGAUGUACUGGUGUUUGCACUUUUCCUUCCACGUCCUCCUCCAUGUUCUGACCUCUCUGCAGAAACUCAAACCUGCGCUAGUGUAUUUGUCUUAUUUAUGGUCGUUUCUUUACACGUAGAAGCCUUGGUCAUCAGAAAGAUAUCAUUUGAAGAUGUAGAAAGCUAAUAUGAAUGUCUGCUCUUAAGAAAAUCUGACAAUGAAGCAAGCAAAGUUUACUUGCCGAGUUUCUUUAAAUGAGAUGUCGUUAGUAAGUACAUUUCAUUUUAAGAGAUUCAAGUCAGUUUUGCAUGCCCCAUAGUUAGAUUAUUUACUUAUUUUAAGCAAUACAGCCCCAUACAUCUUAAAAUAAGAUUUUUAUCUGGUUAAUCAGGUCAGUGUUUCUUAUGUUAUUUAUGUUCAUUCAGUUACUGUCAUUUCAGUUGACUCUACAACAGUUUUUACAUAACUAUUGACCACCAUAACAUCUUAUACAAAUGUCUGUGAUUCCUACCAUGUAUGUUGUUGUAUGACUACAGUAUUUAUACCUCAGCUGUACUUUCUUUUACCAAUGCUCAGUGCUAUAAAGUUAUUGUAAAACAGUUAUGUGAACAUGGAAAUAUAUAAA